AUGUAUUCUCAAAGGCCGUCGUGGCUAGAAGUGUGCUGCAGCGACUCAAGACCAACACCAACAUUAUUUGCCUGGAAUGUGUCAAAUCUUGCCUCUUACGACGGCUCCGACCUUUCAACAUCUACUGCUUCUGGCGAUUCCGACAAACGUAUAUAUAUCCUGGGAAUCGGCAACUUGGGUCGCCUUUUUGCAUCCUCACUCGCCCAAGCCCCCAAUAAGCCCCCAAUCACUCUGGUUGUGCACAGAAAGGAGCUUCUAGAACAAUGGGCCGAGGGACAAGGCAUCGAAAUUCUACGAAAUGGCAAACUUGAAAAGAACAAAGACUUCGAUAUUGAGUGGUGGACAGAAGCCGAACCCGACAUUGGCCCUAUACGAGAGGUUGCCGAGGGUGAUAAGCUGAAGAACCUCAUAAUUACGACAAAAGCUUCGGCUUCAUUGCCGCAAGUCGAUCGGGUACGAGGUUAUCUGGAUCGAAACAGCACUGUGCUUUUUGUACAAAACGGAAUGUCCAAACUCUGGCCACCCUAUGGAUCAUUGUAUGUUUCACAUCGCUAUCACAGUAGUCAUGAACCCAACUACUUGGCUUGCGUGACAACACAUGGCGUCACUUCACAAGGAACUUUCAAGAGCCUACAUGCCUCUCAGGCAGAUGUAGCUGUGGGGGCAGUUCUUCCAAAUUCCUUGUCCGUCGACAGAACGGCCUAUUUGGUAAAGCAAUUGCUGGAGGCGCCGCACUUAGAGGCCAGAUCGGUGCCCCGAGGAGAGUUAUGGAUACUGCAGUUGGAGAAAUUGGUGGUCAAUGCGAUAAUAAAUCCCCUCACGGCCAUUCUCGGGUGCAAGAAUGGCGCUCUGUUUAACGAGGAUAAUGAGAUUCUUGCUCGUGUUAUUGACCAACUUUUAGGCGAAGCAAGCCAAGUGCUCCAACUUCUAGUGGCGCAUGAAAGUAGUGCGGAAAUCAUUGGACAACAGGAAAGACGACUACCAGCAGAACCAGAAGCAAAUAUCGAUCUCUCGCCUAAAAGCUUACACCAAAGAUUCUCUCACCCACAGCUGAAAGACAUGAUCUAUCAAGUGGGUCACAAGGUUAGGGACAACACAAGCUCCAUGUUGCAAGAUGUGCGCGCCGGCAGAUCAACCGAGAUCAGGGACUUCAACGGCUGGCUAGUCGAAAUGGCAGCCUUUCUGGAUCCAGAGCUGGACGUUACAUGCCAUGGUACCUUGGUUGAGCUGGUGGAGGCUGGCCGUACCCUAGAUGUGGAUCAACUCGGAAGUCACUUCAGCUGUUCCGUGACGGAUACAGGGAAAUCAUGA